CUCUCAGGAGGCUGGAUUAGCCACACGUUGUGGUGAACCAGGAUAAAAUUCGGUGUGCUCCUUCCUUACGCUCUUUACUUUAACGCUCUCAUUUUUAAUUUCCUGCGAUUUUGUUUCAAACUCUAUUCGCCCCCCCUCUAGCGUUGGGCCUUUAUUCUAACAAUUGGUAUCAUAGCCUUACUCUUUGAAAGACUUAACCGUUUGAGAGAAACGAUCAAUGGCUUCUACUCAAAGUUCAUACGCAGGUUUAGGUGAAGGGCAAUCCACCACGAGGCCUCCGUUGUUUGACGGAACGAACUACACCUAUUGGAAGGAGCGGAUGAGGAUAUACAUCCAAUCCACCAACUUUCUCCUAUGGAGAACUAUCAAGAAUGGUGAAGACGUGCCUAUGAAGAAGGUCGGGGAAACCAAUGUUCCUAAGACCGAAAAUGAGUAUGAUGCACAAGACAUCAAGAAAGUGGAGAACAAUGCCAAGGCCAUCAACAUCAUCUAUUGUGCCGUUAACCCGGAUGACUAUCGGAAGAUUUCUUGUUGUUCCACCGCCAAGGAAAUGUGGGACAAAUCAGAAAUCACCUACGAAGGUACAGAUCAAGUCCGAGAAGCUAAAAUUGAUUUUCUAACCCAUGAAUAUGAAUUGUUUCGUAUGAAGGAGAAUGAGAAAUUCGAUGAGAUGUUUGAACGAUUUUCCGAAAUCGUCAAUGAUCUCCAUGCUCUCAAGAAGACGUAUACGGACAAGGAGCUUGUGAGAAAAAUCCUGCGGAGUCUCACACCGGAAUGGUGUUCCAAAGCCGAUGCCAUCCAAGAGUCCAUCGGCAUCACCAACGUCACCAUCGACGGGCUUAAAGGUAACCUCAAAACCUAUGAGUCUACCAUUUUAUUCCCUUCUUUAGGUGAACAAAAGAAGAAGGGGAUUGCACUCAAGGCUUCCUCAAGUCAAGAACCUACCAUGGAGGAAUCAAGCGAUGAAGACAACGAGUUAGGGCUCGUUAUCAAAAAGUUCCACAAGUUCAUGCGUAAGGAGUAUGAACGGAAGGGCAAGAAGCAUGGAGGACCACCCAAGUGCUAUGGGUGUGGAGAAGUUGGGCACAUCAAACCAAAAUGCCCAAAUGCCAAGAAUGAGAAGGAGAAGAAAUCAUUCAAGAAGCACCAAGCGUACAUCUCUUAGGGAGGUGAUUCCGGCGACGAGUCAUCGGAAGGCGAAGAAAAUGAAAGUGCCAACCUUUGCCUCAUGGCACACGAGGAACCAUCGGAAGAGGUAUGUACCACUUCUAAAGAUUCCUAUACCGUUGAUGAUGUACAAGAAGCUUUUAAUGAACUUUAUGAUGAAUA